AUGAAAAUUGGUGGGGCGGGGUGCGGCUCGUCGGGGAAUGCUCCAGCGCAGAGCCUCUCUCGGGGAAGGAAGGGGACGGGGAAAGGGCAGGCGGGCGUUCCCUCGGGUCAGCGGUGCGGGGCGGGAAAAACUCCGCUGCUGCAGACGUAUGUGAUCAAGCUGGCGAGGAGCAGCGGCGUGUCGGAGAGUGGGCAGAGCGAGAAGGUGCUGCUGCUGCUGGAGAGCGGCAUGCGAUUCCACACCACCAACUUCGCCAGGGACAAGAGUGUGACGCCGUCAGGGUUCACACUCAAGCUGAGGAAGCACAUUCGCACUCGCCGCCUUGAGGACAUCUCCCAGAUUGGAAUUGAUAGGGUGGUGGAUUUCAAGUUUGGCACGGGCGAGUCAGCGCACCACGUGCUGCUGGAGCUGUACGCGGGGGGCAACGUUAUUCUCACUGAUAGCCAGUAUUCCGUGCUCACGCUUCUGCGCUCCCACAGGGACGACGAUAAGGGCAUAGCCAUCAUGCCCAACCACCCCUACCCCCUCUCCUCCCUCCGCCCCCUCACUCUCUCCUCCCCCUCCGCGCUCACCAAGGCGCUUCUGGGGGAAGCGCCAGUGGCGGGCGCGGAAGGCCAUGGGAGGGAGGCGGGGGAGGGGGAGGGCGAGGGGGAGAAGAGCAGCGGGGAUGGUGGGGGGAAGGGGGAGGGCGGGGCGAGUGGGGAGGGAGGAGGGGCGGGGAAGGGGAAAGGUGGUAAAGGGGGGAAGAAGGAGAAGGGGGGGAGGAAGGAGAAGGGGAAGAAGGGGCAGGGAGGGGAGGGUGGGGAGUGUGCGGAAGGGGGGGAUGGGGAAUGGGAGGAGCGGGUGGGAGUGUUGAAGGAACGGUUGGGAUCGGUGCUGGGCUAUGGCUUGCCCAUCUGUGAGCAUAUUUGCAAGGAGGAGGUGAUAGUAGCGAAAGUUGUGGCAGCAGCGAGUGCGUUUGAGGAGUGGCUCGUGAAUGUGACUCAAAUGAAGGUCAUUCCGAAAGGCUACAUCUUGCUACGCCGCGAGAAGCAACACCAGCAGCAGCAACAGCACCAGCAGCAGCGAGAGCAGCAGCAGCAGCAGCAGUCACAGCAGCCGCAUAGGAGGCGGCAGAGGGGGGAGAAGAAGCAGCAUUUUGAAGCCAAGAAAGCCGGUGAUGCAAGCGCAGCUGAGCCCAAAGGGGUAGAGGCUGACGGGAAAGAGCAGGAUGAUGAGCAGGGGGCAGGGCAGGGGGAAGGAGCAGGUAAGGGUGAGGAGAAGGAAGAGGAUGACGUGGUGUAUGAGGAGUUCUGGCCCUUGGCUCUGCGCCAACUGCAGCUUGCUGCAGGCGAGGUGACACGUGCUGGAGGAGGAGGAGGUGGUGGAGGAGAGGGAAAAGGAGAAGGAGGAGAGUCAGAAGCCGCAGGGGCAGCUGCAGCGGUAGCGGGAGAAGGAGGGAGCAAAGGAGGGAGGGAGAGGUGGGGGGAUGGCGGGGAGGGUAAGAGUCUGGGGCUGCGUGAGUUUGAGACGUUUGAUGGCGCUAUGGAUGAGUUCUUUGCGCGGUACGAGGGGCAGAGGGCCAUGCAGCAGAGGGCCGCGGCAGAGAAGCAGGCUGCGAGCAAGCUGGAGAGGAUCAGGGCUGACCAGCAAAAGCGAGCGCAGCAGCUGCAGCAGGAGGUUGACGUGGCAGAGCACAAGGCACGGCUCAUCGAGCAGAACCUCGCUGACGUGGACGCAGCCAUCCUGGCGGUGCGCGAGGCGCUGGCGGGCGGCAUGGAUUGGCAGGACCUGGCGGUGAUGGUGAAGGAGGAGCGGCGGGCUGGGAACCCGGUGGCGGCGCUUAUAGCGGCGCUGCAUUUGGACCGAGGGCGCAUUGCUGUGCUGCUCACACCGCCUGAUCUGGACGGCAUGGAGGAUGAGGAGCGGACGGCUCCUGCUGCUCUGGUGGAGGUGGACUAUUCCUUGUCAGCGUACGCCAAUGCGCGCAUGUGGUUCCAGUCGCGCAAGAAGCAGCAGGAGAAGCGCAACAAGACGGAGGCCGCGCACGAGACUGCACUCAAGGCCGCCCACGCCAAGACCUCCCAGCAGCUCGCACAGGCCAAAGUGGCGGCGACAGUGCAGCACAUGCGCAAGGUGCACUGGUUUGAGCGUUUCCACUGGUUCAUCUCCUCCGAGAACUACCUGGUCAUCAGCGGCAGGGACGCGCAGCAGAACGAGAUGCUCGUCAAGCGCUACAUGCGCCGCGGGGACCUCUACAUACACGCGGAUCUGCACGGGGCAGCAAGCACAAUCAUUCGAAACACAGACCAGCACGGCCUAGCACCCAUCCCCCCUCUCACCCUCGCACAAGCCGGCGCAGCCACCGUCUGCCUAUCCGCCGCCUGGGAUUCCAAAGUGGUAACUAGCGCCUGGUGGGUGUACCCGAAUCAGGUCACUAAAACAGCGCCAACUGGCGAGUAUCUGACCGUUGGAUCAUUCAUGAUCCGAGGGAAGAAGAAUUUCCUUCCGCCCGUGCCACUGCAGAUGGCGUUUGGGUUUGUGUUUCGGGUGGAUGAGAGCUGUCUAGGGGCGCAUUUGGGGGAGAGAAGGGUGCGCGGAGGGGGGGAGGAGGGGGAGGGAGGGGACGGGGGGGCGGUGGGGAAGAGAGGAGGGGGAAGAGGGGGAGAGGCGGCUGGUGGCAUGGCGGCUGGGGUAGAAGAAGGGGAAGAGGACGGGGAAGGGGUAUUGGACGAGGAGGGAGAGGGGGGAGUGGUUGGUGCUACUGCUGUCGAGGGAAUGAAUGAAGAGGGUGGAGGGGGGGUUCGGGAAACGGAGAAGCAAGAGAAGGAAGCAGAGAAGGAAAGCGGAGCACCAGAGAAGGAGGAGGAGGAAGAAGAGAUAGAGGAGGAGGGAGAGGAAGAGGAGGAGGGGGGUCUUGAGGAUAUGCUUGAUGCGGUGCUGUCAGUGGGGGGAGCUGGAGGCACGGGCCGAGCCAAGAGAGGCUCGGGCUCAGGUGCGGAUACAGCACAGCAGAAGCAGGGUGGUGAACGGAAAGCAGACGGGAGAGGGCAGGCUGGGAGCUUAUCUUCUGGCGUAUCUGCUGCUGCUAAGUAUGGUCUGGAAGACGUUGGUGUGGCAGGGGAGGGGGGCGGAGAUGAGGAUGAGGGGGAGGAUGGGGGUGACAGGGAGAGGACCGGAGGGGAUGGUGAUGGUGGGAGGGGCGGAGGGCAGAGGAGGGAGAGGGCGUAUGUGAGUCGAGCUGAGCGGAGGAGGAUGAAGAAGGGAGGGGGGAGAGGGGAAGGAGGUGGAGAGGGGCAGGAGAGGGAAGCUGGUGUAGGAGGAGGGGGAGUGGAGAAGAGGGAGGAAGUGGCGGAGGAGGAGGUGGAGGAGGAGGAACAAGGGGAAGAGAUGGGGAGGGGCAAGCGAGGGAAGGGUGGGAGGAAAGGAGGGAGUGGGAAGAAGGGGGUAGAUGAGCAGGAGCAGGAGCAGGGACAGGCACAGGGGAGAGGAGGGAAGGGGGGUUUCGAGGCGGUUAGGGGAGCUCGGGGCAAGAGAGGGCAGAGCAAGAAGCAGCAGAGCAAGUAUGCGGAUCAAGAUGAGGAGGAGAGGCAGCUUCGACUGGCCUUGCUGGGGUCUGCAGGCAACAAGGAAAAAAAGGGGGCAGGCAAGGGCGGAAAAGGUGGUGGUGCUGCUGCCGCUGCUGCUGCUCCCAGUGCUGCUAGUGGUGGUGGUGGGGGUGGCAAGGGCAAGGGUGGAGGCUCUGCAUUGAGUGAGUUGGUGUGCUUCAAGUGCAAGGGCAAGGGGCACCGAGCCAAGGACUGCACUGCUGAUGCUGAUGCUGCUGCUGCUGCUGCUGCUGCUGCUGCUGCUGCUGCUGCUGCUGCUGCUGCUGCUGCUGCUGCUGCUGGUGCUGCUGGUGGUGCUGUUGGUGGUGCUGGUGAAGGUGCCAGUGAGUUGAGCAAGGGAGGAGUGGAGCAGAUCGAAGGGGGCAAUGCAACAGGAACAGCAGGAGGAGGGACUGGCGGGGCGACAGGAGAUGAUUCCGCACAGUCAGAGUUGACAAGUGUUGGGGAAAGCAAUGCGCUUGCCAGUGGGGAAGAGCAGGGUGUGGUGGCACAGGAGGAGCUUCAACUGGAUUCAGAUGCAACAGGGAGGGAGGAGGCAAAUGGCUCACAUGAAACCACAGGAAGCGGAGGAGCAGCAACAGCAGGCGAAAAGGAAUUGGAAGGAGGAGAGGGGGGAGGAGGAGGGAGAGAGGCGGAGGGUGGGGAGAAGCUGCGCCGGCGGGCACGGGCGCGGGCAGAGGAGGCGGAAGUAGAGGCGAUUCUGGCAGAGGAAGAAGUGGCAGAGGUGGGGGAGGAGGAGAGGGAGCGGCUGACAGAGAUCGACUCACUCACGGGCAUGCCUCUGCCCUCCGAUGUGCUGCUGUAUGCCGUGCCUGUGUGCGGCCCUGUGAACGCUCUCGCGAAUUUCAAGUACCGGGUCAAGGUCACGCCAGGCCAUCUUAAGAAGGGCAAAGCUGUCAAGCAAGCAGUGGACCUCUUCUUGCGCUCGCCGGACCUGUCAGCGCGGGAGAGGGAGCUCAUCAAGGCCGUACCUCUCCCGGACCUGGUGUCUGCAAUGAUGUCCAAUGCUAAGAUCACGGCCCCGGGGCUCAAUAAGAUGUUCGGUCUGACGCGGUGCAAGCGCAAUGGCCGGCGCGAUUCGUCGUACGUGCGGCACUCGUGGUACUCCACGUCGUGCCGCCGCUUCAUCCGCUUCAACUCCAGGGGCUUCCUUCGCAUACUCGCCAAUCGCACGUUGGCGAUCAUCGGCGACUCCAUCGCCAUCGCCAACUUCCUCCCCGCCAUCCUCUGCCAGUUGCGCGCAGUCACCGCCGUCUCCGCGCCCACGCGCCACCUGCUUCCGCGCGGGCCGCUGGGGCAGCGCUCUCCGCAGCUGGACGCGCGGAUUUACCGCGUGCCCGCGGUCGGCGGGCGGAUCGUGGGGAUCUGGGACGACUAUCUCAUGCGCGUGACGCAGGACAAAUCGAUGCUGACGCGGCUGUUUCCGCGGUACAGCGCGGCGGAGGCGGGCCCGGAGGACGUGGCGAUCGACGUGCAGACGGCGAACCCGCAAUGGGCGGCGCUUCUGGGGGCGGUAGAUCUGGUGGUGCUGGAGACCGCGACGCACUGGCGCACGCUGCGCACUAAGAAGGCAUCCGCCAUGGCUAUCACUGGGCGCGACUGGCGCGUGCUGCCGGGGGUGGACGCGUACCAGGGGUACAGCAAGGCGAUGCAGACAAUCCGGCGGCUGUUCGAGUCUCCGCGCGCCGCAGUCACAUCCUCCUCCUCCCCCAGCGCGCCCUCGACGUUCUUCGCCGACGCGGAUGCCGCCGACGCUGACGUGGACGACGGCGCAUACGGUUACACGGAUGAGAUUGACGGUGAUAAUGAUGGUGAUGCGCGUGACAGCAGCAGCGCGAGCACGCCGGCACGCGGCCUUGCCUCUACUACAACCCCAUCGCCGUCCACUUCAAUAUCAUCAUUACUAUCACCGUCGUCGUCAUCAUCAGCAGCAGUAGCAGCAUCGUCAGCAUCAGCGGCUGCAUCAGCGGCGGGGGGUAGUAGCAGGCGCGGUGGUCCUCUAGCGUUCUUCAUGACGGCGUCCCCGCAGCACAACGCCAAGAAGCUCGGCGGACCGGGGCUCUGCGGGUCGCCCGGCCACGUGCUCACUCGGAAAGAGGUAGCGCGCAUGGAGCGCAACAACGUGCAGCUGUCGCGCUUCCUGCCCAUGCAGCGCGCGGCCUUCCCCCCGGGGGGCGCGGUGCGCCUGCUGGACAUUGCGCGCAUCUCCGCCAUGCGCCCCGAGGCGCACGUGGGCAACUGGUCGAGCGCCACUGGCAAGCCCACUACUUCUCUCCUUACCUCACUCUCCUGCUGUCACCACAUCCCCCCACAUCAUCAUCACAUCAUCCCCUGCUGUCACGCCCAUCAUCCCCACCCAUCCGCCCCACACCAGACGCGCUAUUUUGAUUGUCUACACUGGUGCCAGCCUGGCGUGCCGGACAUCUGGGCAGACCUAUUCUACCACCAGCUGUUGCAGGAGCCCUCGCUGCAACCCCCCCGCCCCUCCGCGCCCCCCUCUCCGCCCAAACCCUCAAAGCCCCCUUCUCGCCCUCCCUCCAAAGCCCCCUUCCCCACGUCCCCCUCCCGCUCGCCUUCCACCUCUCCCUCUCGCUCUCCUUCUCGCUCGCCCAUGCCAUCCAAGUCACCCAAGCCAAAGAUACCCACCACCAGCAAGCCUCCCCGCAAGCCCUCCCCUUCCCCCUCCCCCACCCACAACCCCAUCCCCACCCCCCGCCCACCACGCAAGAACAACCCAUCACCCCCCCGCAAGUCCCCUUCCCCCUCCCCCGCACUCUUCCCCCAGCCUUUCCCCCGCCCCUCACCCCGCCCUCUCCCCAAACCCUCCCCGCAAGCACCCCCCAAGCUAAACCUUCAGCCCUUUCCUCGACCUUUGCCAAAGCCCACCUCCCGCCGACCCUCCCCCAAGCCUUCCCCCCAUCCCCCAAACCGCUCCCCCCAGCCUACGCCCAAGCCGUCCCCCAAGCCCUCCCCCAAGCCUUCUGCCAGGCCUUCCCCCAAGCCUUCCCCCAAGCCUGCCCCCAAGCCUUCCCCCAAGCCUUCCCCCAAGCCUGCCCCCAAGCCUGCCCCCAAGCCUUCCCCCAAGCCUUCCCCCAAGCCCUCGCUUAACCCCGCCCCUGAGCGUCCCCCCUCCCCCUCCUCUUCCCCUGAACGCUCCAUGCGGCCUCGUGAUCCCCCAUCCAUGGAUAACACCUCCCCUGGGAACAAGGGCGGGGGAGGGGGGAGAAACACAGGAGCGGGGGGAGGAGGAGGGGGGAGCAGCACGCCGAAUCGCAUGAAACCCCGGGUAGACACACACUUGCAGGGGGGAGGGGGAGAAGGGAGUGGGGGGGCAGGAGGAUUGGGAGAGGGGGGACAGACAGGAGGGAGUGGAGGAAGGAUGAAGGGCACGAAGAUGAGUCCGAGUGGUGGUGUGGAGGGCAAGAGCGUUGAGAGCCAGGGAUGGGGCGAUGGAGCAGCAGCAGGAGGUGAUGUUGAUGAUGGGUACGGUGCAGACGACAGUUACAGCAGUGGUUACGGUGAUUAUUCUGAUGGUGAUAGCGGUACUGGUGCUGGUGAUGGCAGCAUGGGGAGCAGUGCCAGCAGCCACGCAGCAGCGGGAGCUUCUGCUGCUGCGUUUUCUGCCUCGAGUGAUAUUUCCGAGUCUGAUGAUGGGGAUGGUUACAGUUUGGGCGCAGAGCAGGCAACUUUACGUGGUCAAACGAGUGGGAAGGAAAGGGCAGGCAACAGCAGCAGGUCAACAAUCAUUAUCACAGCAUCUGCUGUCGCAGAAGCACCCCCAGCGACCAUCCCUCUGCCUUCCAGUGAAGCAGCUGCUGCAAGCAGAUUACACGGCCACCGCUCCCCCUGGCACCAACACCACCAUCGCCAAAGCCAAAGCCAAGGCCACGAUC